AUGUCGGGCCUGGAGCCGGAACCAGAACGCAGCAAUGGGCCCGGCACUUCAUCCGGGCCCUCGGCGCUGGACGACGCGCUGCGAUCUGAACUUUACGCGGCCAUUGAAGCUGUUUACGCGUCUCCUCCCCGCUUUGGACCGCAACCCGAUCUCAAACCCCGUCCUGCCACGACAACCCGCGAUCCCGCUCAUGCGCCAUACCAUUCUGUACCGCGGAUGUCUAAUGGGAGUGCCUGUGGCCGACUUGCUAGACACAUGGAAACGUGGAAGUCGAGGCUCAAUGCUUACGAUCCGCGUCAUCAGCGGGCCUUUUACCACCUCCACCCGCCGGAAAACAGUGAUGACUUGGAAAGCCUCGUUAUGGGCCAAAGCAUGUCCGCCGCUGAUUCUGAGCUUGUCCAACAUCUCCGUUUUUCGUGCCCAAAAUCCGGCUUCGAAGUCUUUCUUGUCGUCUUGGAAUAUACUGGCAUUACCUACCAGUUCAAUGCUUGGGUACCUCGCCAGCAAGCGAGGGGUCAGUCCAUUCAAGGGCAGCUUGGUGAAGACGGCUACUGGAAGACGUAUCAACACGUGCAGCACUCCCCCCAUAUCCACCAGGUCAGAAACUUAUCAGGGGCGAUAAUGGCCGAGGAGAUCGACUGCAGAGAGGACGACGUGCUGGAUAAAAGGAAUGUUGCUUGGGAGCGCGCUCGGCGUGGUAUUUUCUCCUGGCAGGGACGGUCUGAACAGCGAGCUUUUGAAGAAGAAUGGCAAGCUCGCAGGAACAACCCUAACUGGCGUGAGAUGAUUGUACCUGGAACGCGCGUUGAUCUCGGCAAGUAUUAUGCACCAGCCAUCAUGAUAGUGCCCCUGGAAACUCAGUUGCAUUUUAUAAAUCUCGCGGGAAAGCCGCCGCCCGUCAUCAACGUCUGGCGGUACCUUUUGCAGCAAUGCGAGAGAUCUUUCGACGUGCUAACCAUGUUUGAUAAAUAUGUGCCGCCAGGAACACAAUACUUAAAACCCGACAAGCAGGAAACCUAUACCAAAGCUUUAAAAGCCCUCUGCAACUACGCCUUCCCGGGAGGAGACGAUGCUGUAGCUGAGACCAACAUUCUCAGCAUGUGGAUACAGAAUCGGAAGGCAUGGGCGGAAGCCAUCGAUUCUGAAUUGUUGGGCGACUUGAUGAUGACGUCCUUGAUAUUCGAUGACGAUGAGUUUUUUGAACACCUUGCCACAUGUGUCCCUUUUCACCCGGUCAUCAAUUACAUAUGGUUAAGUCGAAAAAGGGGCACAUACGUUUACCCCGUGGGGCUUGCACACAAAGCAUAUCUACAUCUAUCACAACGAGUGAACAAGUCCGGUACGGGGGAUAGACUGUGCCGCUUGGCCUUUCAGGACGUCAACUUCUUGCAAAUUGCGAAUGACAUCAGUACGAUACCCAUGUUGCGCGAUGACGGCGAAGCAAUCGACAUCUCCCGAGAACUUGUUCAGGCGGCCGUGACCGCUCGGUUGGAAACACCUCUUUCGGCAAACCAUGGCCGUGCCAUAGUGGAGCUCUUGAGGCUAUGCGGAAACUUUCAAAGCUGGAGUGAAAUAGUGGAUUCAGCCAUCGAUCAGCCCCGGGAGUUAUGGAGGCACACUCAGUUUAUCCUCGGCCUACUAAACAGGCUUUUGGAAGUAACGGUGCGGGAGAACCUACCACUUGACCAAGUAAUAGCAUUCUACCGAAAAUUUGAAAAGCUCGUCAUCACAACCGAUUCGACAGGUCAAGUUGGCAGCCUUGUCAGUAAUGCGUUGAAAGACCAGAGUUCCGAGGCACAAAUCGCAAGACAGGCCUGGUGCGAACCUGAGCCGACGAUCGACUACCUCGAAAACAAGGAUGUACCGCCGCCGACCAGUUUUGCCGUGCUCGCCGGUCUCUUUAGAAGUCUUGAUCAACUAGGUCUUCGCGAGGAAACCGCUAAUCUUGUGGAGCACAUAAUUGCACGCCAAGAUGAAAUCAAGCCCAUCCACAUGGCAACGUUAUGGCUACCGUGUCUCAGGGCCCUUCAGGAUCUCGUAGACCCCGAGACUUCGGCAUAUCAGAAGCUCUUCCAGGCUAUUUUCGAGCGAUAUGAGAAUACGGUGUUUGAAGAUGUUUCGGGCUCUUUUGAAGAUGCUCCAGAGCACAUUCCGCCCAUGGCACCAUGCUGCGACGACUGCAAAUAUCUCGACGCCUUUCUCGAGCAACCUAACUGGAAGAGGUUUCACGUGGUGAAACCAAGAACAGUGAUUGACCAUAUCCAGGAUCAGCUUCGCAGCCAAAAGAAGGCUGUUGAGGUGAACAUUUUUGGCAAGAACGAGCAGGCAUUGACCAUGCAGCUUAACAAGGUCUCAAUGGUAAACAAACAACUUCAAAAGGCACAGGAGUUGCGGAAGCAGGAGGCUACAAGAAUUGCCCAACAGUUCGACCCUGAGGGGCUACUGCCUUUCCUCGGCGACAAGGGGGACAUCUUGUGGAGGCUCGGGAAUGCAGAGUCGCAAGAGAAUGCUCCAGGGAAGACCCCAUCAAAACCAUCUAACACAUCUGCUGGCUCUGCGGUGACACCCAAGAAGGAUCCCAGCGAUUCCACCGUCAAAAAAGAAGCGGCGUCAAGCAUCGACUAUUCUACAAACAGAGUCACACCGAAGACCGAGUCUCCAAGCAAACGGCAUGCGGUUAAAACUGAAGCCACGAUUUUGACUUCUUCCGAGCGCCCCGUUGAUGGAAACCAUACUCACGAUAUGCCCGGGUCAGUCAAGAAGGAGGCGAUACCGAGCAGCAGCCAAGCACAGCCCAGAGCUACUGGGGUGUCUACGAGAGAUCGACUCAAAAGCCUUCAACCACCCAGACGGAACUCUACACCCAAGUUCAACGACUAUUCAAGCGUGCCAAAGGACAGGACUGACCGAACUCAUGGCAACUUCCUGAGUUCGGCGGGAGGACCUGAGAGCAGCAGCUCGAAGACGUUGGAGCCUGCCACCAGACGGGACCCGCUCGCGUCUUUCGGGGGUAUCCGAAGCAGAGGACCUGUGCGCACGGGUACACAGACCGCUGGCUCAGCAAAAGGACAUACGGCGCCAACUAUGAAGGGAUUCGGACUUUCGGGCAGAACCAACGCCACCCCGGGGCCGUCAACGACUUCAACGCAGCUGGGUUUCACGCCUGGAGUAUCGAGCACUCGGCCUCAUCCUACGAGCAAUUACAACACUUCGUCGACCAGCACCGAGUCGCCGCGUACCACGGGGCAAGGUGGCUUAUCCAUUUUCGAUGCGGAACGAGCGAAGGGCGCACGAUCGUCAGGUUCAGCUCCUGGGUCACAGGGGGCGUCCGGAAAUGCGGCGCCAGAGACAUGGCCAUCGGCGAGAGACAAGGAGAACACGCACCACAUCGGGCUGAGCAAGCCCGUUUCCGGGCGGUUGAGCAUGACUCCGAGCUCGGAAGUCCUGGCGGCGCGGUCACCUAACGUGAGGCCGGUCAACAGGUCUUCGGCAUUGACGGCAGGGAGCAAGAGGAAGGCGGAAGACGAUGCGAUCAUUGAUCUUUGCGGCAGUAGCCCCGAGUUGGGGCCGAGCAAGCGGGUAAGGAGGACCGCUGUAUUUGAUGCACCCGACGACGACGACCCUUUUGCAGAUUAA